AUGCCUCAAAUCUACCAGCGACUGACACAUGCGGUUAUGAGUGCUCUCCUCCUCCUGGAGCCUGCUCUUGCAGUGUCAGGACAAGGAACACUAGUACCGCGAGCAUCUCAGUCCUCAGUAUCUACAUCCUCUUCCACUCCCUCGAUAUCAACCCUAGCCGAGACCUGCAAUGGCCGCACAGAUUACUGCACCCGGUCCUACUCAAAUAUCACAUUCAUAGGUGCCCAUGACUCCCCCUUUGUCGGACCCCUACCCCAGCAGAAUCAAAACAUCGAUAUAAAAGCCCAGCUCGAUAUGGGAAUCCGGUACCUGCAAGCACAAACACAUCACUCUAUCAUUGAUAAGAACAUCAUAGAGCUGUGCCAUACGUCAUGUCUCCUCGAAGACGCAGGACCCCUCAAAUCAUUCUUGACGACUAUCAAGGACUGGCUGGAUGCAAACCCGAACGAAGUCGUCACUCUCCUCUUGACAAACGGAGACUCUGUAUCAAUCACCGAGUUCGGAGACACUUUCUCCAGCAGCGGGAUUUCUAACUAUGCCUACAUCCCCUCCUCAAAUCCGCUACCAAUUGCAGACUGGCCCACACUGGGUAAUAUGAUCUCCAGCGGAAAGAGAUUAGUCGUAUUCCUAGACUACGGUGCGGACACCAAACAAGUGAACUACAUCCAAGACGAAUUUGCCUACUACUUUGAGACAGCCUACGACGUCACAGACGCCACUUUCUCGAACUGUAGUAUCGACCGGCCCUCUGGCGCCGCCGCUACGGACCGUAUGGGAAUUGUCAACCACUUCCUUGACGUCGAUGUUCUCGGCAUAAAGAUUCCAGCUCGACACCAGGCAGGCACUACCAAUGCUGCAACUGGGCGUGGUAGUAUUGGCGCUCAGGCGGCGCUAUGUGCUGGGCUGCAUGGGCGUGCGCCGAAUGUGGUGCUAGUAGACUUUGUGGAUAAGGGGGAUGUUAUUACGGCGCAGAAGAAUUUGAAUGGGUUCUAG